GGUCCGGGUAGCGCCGGGCCGAGCGCGGAGCCAUGGGCCGGGCUGGGACCGGGAGCGGGGGCGCGACGGUGGCGGUGGCAGUGGCGGGGCCGCUGCUGCUGAUGUUGCUCGCUGGGCCCCCGCCUGCCGUCGCCGGCGACAGCAGGAAGAGCGACGUCAGGCUGGUGUCCGAACAUUUCUCACAGUCCCCACAGAAGCUGUCUUUCUACAGUUGGUAUGGCAGCGCCAGACUCUUCCAUUUCCGCGUGCCCCCGGACACCGUGCUGCUGCGCUGGUUGCUGCAGGUGUCCCGGGGCAGCAGCCCCGCGUGCGCCAACAUGGAGAUCACUGUGUACUUCCGGUACGGCGCCCCUCCCGUCAUCAACCCUCUGGGCACUAGCUUCCCUGCCAACACGUCUGUGCAGUCCCCCUUCUUCAUCAAGAUGCUGCAGAGCAACGCCUCCAUCAACAUCUCCCACCCAGCACCCGGGGACUGGUUUGUGGCCGCCCACCUGCCCCCCUCCUCCCAGAAGAUUGAGGUGAAGGGUUUUGCUCCCACCUGUGCCUACAUCUUCCAGCCCGACAUGCUGAUUGUGCGGGCAGUCGAGGUCUUUAUCCUGGAGCCCAACGUUCCCCUUCCGCAGACUCUCCUCUCCCAUCCCAGCUACCUCAAAAUCUUCAUCCCUGAGUACACCCGGGAGCUGCGGCUGGAGCUGCAGGGCUGUGUGAGCAAUGGGAGCCUGGGCUGCCCUGUGCGCCUUACCGUGGGCUCGGCCACCCUGCCCAGAAACUUCCAGAAGGUGCUCACAUGCAUCAGCCCCACCUGGGCCUGCCACCUGUUCCUGCCCUCACCCCCUGGGGACCGGUGGCUGCAAGUGACCGCCAAGAGCCUGGCGGGGCCUCACGUGUUGGUGGCUUUCAGGGCUGUAGCUGCCCUCACAGCCUGCAGGCCGUGGAAUCUGAACUCCCAGCACCUCCUGCAGAGCAUCCCAAACCAGAGCUGUAACGCCUCCACUGGUCUGCUGACCCCGAGUCCCGGCUGCCACGGCCUGGGCAGGAGCAGCAGGGUGGACGGUGGCCACUUCUGCCUGGUGAGCUACCCGGUCAUUCGGGAAGACACGGACGUGGUGUCUGUACGCUUCUGGCCCGCGGACAGGGUCCCGGUGCUGGUGCGGUCAGCCACGCCGUCAGUGAUGCGGUUGUACCUCAGCACGGGCAUGGACAGUGGGGGCUCCCUCACCAUCUCCCUGCAGGCCAACAAGGUACCUUUACCUACUGCAAUUACCAACAACACCUUGGUAGCGGUCUGCGUGAAUGCCGCCUCCCCCUUCCUCGGCUUCAACACGUCGCUCAACUGCACCACAGCCUUCUUCCAGGGCCACCCCCUGUCUCUGAGUGCCACAUCGCGAAAGGCCGACCUCAUCAUCCCCUACCCAGAGACGGACAACUGGUACCUCUCCCUGCAGCUUGUAUGCCCCGAGAGUCCUGAGGAGUGCGAGCAGGCCUCAGUCCUCGUGGAGACCACCUUGUCCUUGGUGCCCUGCCUAAAUGACUGCGGUCCCUACGGCCAGUGCCUCCUGCUGCGCAGACUCAGCUACUUGUAUGCAGGCUGCAGCUGCAAGGCCGGCUGGCGUGGAUGGAGCUGCACGGACAACAGCACAGCCCAGACUGUGGCCCAGCAGAGGGUGGCCACCCUCCUUCUCACCCUCAGCAACCUCAUGUUCUUGGCCCCCAUUGCUGUCUCGGUGCACCGUUUGCUCCUGGUGGAGGCCUCCGUCUAUGCCUACACCAUGUUCUUCUCCACGUUCUACCAUGCCUGCGACCAGCCCGGGGAGGCCGUGCUGUGCAUCCUCAGUUAUGACACCCUGCAGUACUGUGACUUUCUGGGCUCUGGGGUGUCCAUCUGGGUCACCAUCCUCUGCAUGGCGCGGCUGAAGGCAGCCCAGAAACAUGUCCUGUUUCUCCUGGGCACACUGAUCUUCGCCAUGUCCCUGCAGCUGGACCGCAGGGGUGCCUGGAACAUGAUGGGGCCUUGUCUCUUUGCCUUUGUGGUCAUGGUCACCAUGUGGGUGUACCGCUGCAGGUACCGGCGGCACUGCUACCCCACCUCUUGGCAGCGCUGGGUCUUCUACCUCCUGCCUGGCAUCUCGAUGGCUGCUGUGGCCAUUGCCAUCUAUACCUCCAUGAUGACCAGUGACAACUAUUACUACACGCACAGCAUCUGGCACAUGCUAUUGGCGGGGAGUGCGGCCUUCCUGCUGCCGCCGCGUGAGCAACACACCAAGCCCUGGGCCUGCUCGCAGAAGCUCAUUUGCCACUAUCAGAUCUGUAAGAACCACCGAGAGGACCUGUACACAGUGACGUGAUGUGGCCAGCUCAGGGAGCCCGGCAGCUGUAAACAGGACCUCUCUGGCCAGGGGCAGGACCAAAGGAGAAGGACCCUGUCCAGAUCAAUUUCCAACUGAAUAAAAUUGCCCUUGCACUCUC